CCAAAUUCAAAAUCACCAUAGUUUGAUCGAUCUCUCUUGGUCUUAAGAUCCUCCUUUUAGUUUAUGAAAACGUUUUUUCAUUUCUAAAUAGAUAGAUUCUUUUUGGAGAUGAGAACAGGAAGUUGUUCUGUGCAACAAGGGCUAACCCCAGAAGCUGCAAGCAUAGUGAAGCAGGCCGUGACGCUUGCAAAGCGUCGCGGCCAUGCUCAAGUGACGCCACUUCACGUGGCGAACACUAUGCUUUCAGAUUCUAAUGGUUUAUUAAGAACAGCUUGUCUCCAGUCUCAUUCGCACCCUCUUCAGUGCAAGGCGUUGGAGCUCUGCUUCAACGUUGCACUGAACAGGUUGCCGGCUUCAACCUCAAGCCCCAUGUUGGGUAACCAUCACCAUCCCCACCACUCUCAGUGUCCUUCGAUUUCGAACGCCAUGGUAGCUGCUUUCAAGCGCGCACAAGCUCACCAGCGACGCGGAUCCAUUGAGAACCAACAACAACCGUUGUUGGCCGUGAAGAUUGAGCUUGAACAACUCAUAAUCUCAAUCUUGGAUGACCCUAGUGUUAGUAGGGUUAUGAAAGAAGCAGGGUUUUCUAGCACACAAGUCAAGAGCAAUGUAGAACAAGCUGUUUCUUUAGAAAUAUGCUCUCAAAACAACAAGAAUAACAACAAGUCAAAGGAUCAUAAUAGCGACGGAGAUAACAACAACAACAACAACAUUAACAGCAAGGUGUUGGAUCCGGUAAGAGAUGAAGAUGUUUCAAGUGUGAUAGAUAAUUUGGUGAGUCAAAGAAGAAGAACAAGCGUGAUUGUUGGUGAGUGUGUGAAGAGCCUUGAAGGUGUAGUUAGAAGGGUGAUGGAGAAGUUUGAGAAAGGACAAGUUAGUGAAUCCCUUAGAGGUAUCAAGUUUCUACCUCUUUCUCUUUCUUCCUUCUCAAAUCUUUCAAGAUUAGAGGUUGAACAAAAGAUUGAAGAGCUUAAUAGGAGUCUUGUUAAUAACAACAACAAUGAUAGCAAUAAUAAAGGGUGUGUUUUGUAUCUUGGAGAUCUCAAAUGGAUUUUUUAUUAUUAUAGAGACCAAGGAAUGAGUAGUAGGGUUUGUUAUAGCCCUGUGGAUCACAUGAUAAUGGAGAUUGCAAAGAUGGUGAGUAGUAAUAAUAAUAAUAAUAAUGGAAGGUUUUGGUUGAUGGGUAUUGCAACUUUCCAAGCUUAUAUGAGAUGCAAAAAUGGACAUCCAUCAAUGGAGACUCUUUGGGGUCUUCACCCCAUUACAAUCCCUGCUGGAAGCUUGAGUUUGAGCCUCAUCACUGACAGUGGUCUACAAAAUCAAGCAAUAACAAACUCUAAAGCUGACAAUAGAACUAGCUGGCUAUUACUUGAUCAAGAAGGAGGAGGAGGAGUGAGGGGUGAUAUUAAUAAUAAUCAUCAUCAUCAUAAUAAUGAUCUUGGAACCUUCAUGGAACCUUCUUCUUCUUCAGCUAAGGUAGUUGAGAACGAAGUUCGAAGCUUGCAAAGUAUAAAUAGUACUUGUAACAGUGAUUCUUCAACUUCUCUCCUUCCUGCAUGGCUUCAACAGUACAAGAAUGAGAAUAAAGGACUCUCCUCUUCUAAUCAUCAGGAUGUUCAAGUGGGAGAGGUUUCCAAAACAUGGAACAAUGCAACACAAAAACAACCCUACACUAUUUGUGAUCAAACUCUCACAUUAUCAUCACCUUCUUCAUCCAAUACUUCUGGUGUUUUUUCCUAUGAUCACCACCAAAAUCCUAACAAUAUCAACCAUAUUUGGAAUUCAGAAAAUCGUUGUAACCGCAAUCACAGCCAGAACCACAACCAGAAUAAUGAUGAACCCGCUUUGCGAGUUUACAUUAGCAACAAAGAAAUUGUAGAUCAUCAUAGUCCAUUAACUAUCUCACCAUUAUCAAAUCCAAGUUCUUCAAACCCUAAUUCCACUUCUUCAAGUGGUGUCAUGGAAGCAAUGGAGUAUGUGAACAACAAAUUCAAAGAGCUCAACUUGGAGAACCUAAAAACCCUUUGCAAUGCUUUGGAGAACAAAGUUCCAUGGCAGAAAGAGAUACUACCCGAAAUCGCGAGCACCAUUUUGCAAUGCCGUUCCGGAACAAGGCAAAGAAGGAAAGGAAAUAACAACAACAACAAUGUGAUGAUGAAAGAAGAAACAUGGUUGUUCUUCCAAGGUGUUGAUCUUGAAGGCAAAGAGAAGAUAGCAAUGGAAUUGGCUAGGGUUGUUUUUGGUUCAUCAAAGGAAAACUUCAUCUCAAUAUCAAUGAGUAGUUUUUCAUCAUCAACAAGAGGUGAUUCAUCAAUUGAGGACAACAAUUCUUGCAGGAACAAGAGAUCAAGGGAAGAUCCAAGUUGUAGUUACAUUGCGCGAUUCGGGGAUGCAGUGUGUUCUAACCCUCAUAGGGUUUUUCUUGUUGAGGACAUUGAACAAGCUGAUUAUUUCUCUCAACUUGGUUUCAAGAGAGCAAUGGAGAGAGGAAAGGUUGAAGAUUCAAAUGGUGAAGAGGUUUCACUUUGUGAUGCUAUCAUCAUUUUGAGUUGUGAGAGUUUUAGUUCAAGAUCAAGGGCUUGUUCUCCAUUGACAAGACAAAAAUCUUGUGAAGGUUCUUCAUCAAGAGAAGACAAUAAUGAUUAUGGUGAUGGUGUUGCUACUUUGGAGGAGAUAAGUCCUUGUGUUUCUUUGGAUUUAGAUUUGAAUAUUUCCAUUGAUGAUGAUGAAUGCAAUGAUGAUCAUGAAGAUCAUGGAUCCGUGGAUGAAAUUGGACUUCUUGAAUCUGUGGACAGAAAAGUUUUCUUCAAAAUUCAGGAUUUGUAAUGAUUACAAGAUCAAUGUCAAGAUUAGUGUCUAAUCUUUUUUUUUUUUUUAAUAUUUACCUUUUUAUUUUGUAGGGUUUUUUUUUUUUUUCUAAUGCUUUUUAUUCAUCAUGUCUAUGUAUUGAUCUCAGGCAUUUAUUUCCUAGGGUUAGGAUGAAA